AUGUCCAAUGCUGUUCCCCACGAUCGGAUUGACUGGCUGCCCACAGGGUAUCGAUUGCGCGCGCGCCGGGAAGAAAAACGGAAGUACACGCACGUUCUGGAUGCGAGGUACGCGCCACGCCUGUACGCGACGCCGGAUGAGUGCUUCGGCGGAUCGUCCGAGUGGCGCGGCGACGGUUCUCGGUCUUUGCCACAGUCAACACCGGCGGUUCACUCUAUCACGCAACCUCCACAGACGGCGAUGGAGCGGAGCGCGCGACUGGCGAACAGCCUGCAACUCUUGCGGUGCUUCUGGCUUUCCAAGCUGCACCUCCCACGGGGCGUCGUUCCGAGCCUGGAGGACGAAGAGGGGAGCGAGAGGGAUCCGCGCCUCACGCUGCGCAAUGAUGUGCCCACGCUGCUGUGUACCGGCGAGCAGGGCCGUUCGGUGGCGGUCUCGAUGGAAAAUACGGAGGAGGAGGGGCUGCGGUUAACGCUUGCUACCGCUGCCGACCCUCUGGAUAGUGAACGUCGCGCUGCUGAAAGGAGGGCCACCUAA